UGUUGGAGAGUUUAUGGACAACGCGCGGUCAGGACACGGUCUCCAGGAAUGGGCAGACGGGUCUCAGUACAAGGGAACCUUCGACAGAGACUUAAGACACGGGACAGGGGAGCACACCUGGGCUGAUGGGCAGGGCUACAAAGGGGACUUCUUCCGCGACCGUCGGCAUGGAAACGGCACGUACACCUGGCCAGAUGGCACCUCCUUCACCGGAACGUUCUAUCUGGACAAGAAGGAGGGGUACGGAGAGUUCUGUUUCCCAAAUGGGAACAAAUUCCAGGGAUUGUACAAGAAUGAUGAGAGAUACGGCCCUGGGGUCCUCUCGUACCCUAACGGUCGCCAGGAUGUCGGACUCUGGAACAAAGAACGCCUGGUACGGCUCUGCACGCCAAUCAACGAAGUCUUCACCAUGCAGCAGCACCCAGAGUUUGAGUACAACCCCACGCUACACGUCAAGGACAUCGAAAUCACAGAAAUCCUUUCGAAACUAAAACACGGGUCGCAAGAUUCCGAGCUGCCGACUGUACAGUACCUCACCGUGCCUCUCAGCACCGGUGUACCAACUUCGCUUGCGCUCACCGACACGAACAGUACCGGACGCGACCUCGCGGAGAGCAUCCUGCUAGAAUUCGAGGAGGUUAUCACGUCCGACCUGGACCCUAGCGUUGAGUUCGAAGAACAGUUCUUCCGCGACGUUCUAGAGAAGAAGCUAGAGGACGUAAGCACGGUUAUCAAAGCAGAGAACAAUACUCCGUCACUCAUAGAGAUGCAAAAACACAUCUUCAGACACAGGCACAGACAAGACACGGUGGCGGUGGACAUGGAGGCAAUACUGAAGGGGGAUAGGAGCAAUUUUGGUAGGAAGGGACCGUUGGAACUGGCGUCGGAGGACCUGAUUCGAGGGUCGACACGUGGGGAUUACCAGUGUGUGUACAAGCUGCUGCAGAAGGGAGAGGUCCACGUGGACGUAGCUGACAGAAGUGGUGUAACCUCGUUACUAGGAGCAUCUGUUAACUGUCACCAGAAUGUUAUCAACUGUCUCCUUGACAACGGCGCUGAUGUCAACAAGCUGAGCGAUGAGGGAGUAUCCGCCAUAGCAGCGUGCCACAUCUUCUACUACCCCGUCGAUUCCUUCAAGUUCAACAUCGCCGAAAAGGGCAUGAAGCCACCCGACUCGGAGCGAGAGGAAGCGACAACAGAGGCGGACACAUUGAGCACGGGAAAACGGCGGGACCCGCGGCGUAGGAAGAAGCAACAGAAGACGGGAAUCGAUGAAACGGAAGCCCAGCUCGCUCUGGAGUUUGAGAAGGCGCUCGCAAAGAUGGAGGAACGGGAGCCGCUUCCCGGCGCUCCGAGUAAAGACCUCGUUACCGGAGACGCGGCACACGUGGACAGCGGGAUUGACCUCAUGAGCGGUGAGGUCACCGACGAAGCACGAAGCCAGCAGCUGAAACUUAACCUAACCCCCGAGUUUGCGACGUACGAGGGAAUGUUGGAAGAUGACACUCAGUCCUACGACUGGAGACAUGCCAAGGAAAACCCCAGCGAACUUGACUUCCACUUAGAAAACGACGUCACCAGUGAUUUUGAGUCCAAUGAGAGCCUGGUGAACUACAAGAUCGAGGUGACAGAGCAGCUGAUAGAGAGAACUGCGACAGCGCUGAGUAUGAAUGACAGGGUGGUGAGCAGAUUGAGCAAGCAGAGGGACAAUGGCACGGCCAGACAAAUGGCUUUUGCUAUGUCUGAGCACAGUAUCAUGGAAGCUACCAUCAGGCUCCUACUACGGAGGGGUGCAGACCCCAAUGCCGCCCAGGUACCCAUGCCAGCCAUGUUCUUUGCCAUCAAGGCUGCAGAUGUCGGUGCAGUGAAGCGCCUCCUAGAGGCUCAUGCUUCAACUACAGCACAGCUGGGGCCAGAGAAAGGGGGCCUCGCUCCGCUGCACAUUGCAGCAGCCAUUCCAGGGGAGGAGGGGGUUGAGAUCACUCAGCUGAUCCUGAAUGCAGGGGCAGACCCUGACAUGAGGGCACAUGAGGAGGGCACAGAAGAGGAUCAGAAUGGAAAACUGUCUGCAAUUGAAGGAGGCAGAACUCCUCUUCAUAUCGCAUGUGAGCGGGACGACAACAACUGGGAUGCCCGUUCUGUAGUACGACUUCUUCUUGAAGCUGGAGCGAACCCCAAUCUCCUGUGCCAGGGGCACUCCCCACUGUCUCUGGCUAUCGGCAGUGGGAAUGACUUGGCCAUAGAUGAGUUAUUGGAGUUCGGAGCAGACCCCAGCCUACCACUGUCCCACGGUGUUGGUAGUGCCCUGUGUGCUGCCUCUUCUAUCGCCUGUGAACACAGGAGACCACCACAUGCCAGGAUCGCACUGAUUGACAAGUUGAUCAAGGCAGGAGCUAACAUCCUGGCUCCCAUCCCCAUCGGACCUAAGAAAUUGCAAGGAACUGCUGUGGACUAUGCCUACUUUGCCUUCAAUCAAGACAGACGUAUUGCCCACACCCCCUACCACGCGCUGACCCACGCGGAGAGGGACACGUACAACGCCCGGCGCAAGCUGCUGGCUCACCUGGGAGAGUUACUGAGGGAGGCAGCGGUCGCUCGGGAACGUGAAAUCCUGGAGCAAGACGAGAGAGACGGAAGGAAAAGUAUGUGUGAAGGAACUAGCAGAGUCCAUGUCUCGCAAAGCACAGAGCUACGUCAGGUAUGGAGGAGUAUUGUCAUUGUUGUCUUGAAACCAGUGUUCAAGUAUUGUUACGAGUGUGGUCGUUCAGUGGGCGUGCGACUUUCGGCCUGUACCAGGUGCAAGGAGGUCUACUACUGCAGCAAGGCCUGUAAACUCAAGGCCUGGAACGCCAGGCACAAGGAAGAGUGCAUCAGAAUUGGAGGUAGGGACGGUAGUCCAAAGAGUCGCGGGGACCGUACUAGGAUAGACAGCCCCACCCCCACCACCAACCCCAACCCUGGCUCACGUGUCACCGUGGACCAACUCAUGGGGAAAAGCCUCAGGAACAACACCAGCAAAGGAGCCAAAAACACGCAGAACAAAUCCAAAGCAAGAAGCACAAUCAGUUCUGUCACUGGGUCCAAGAGUGAUGUCGGAAGGAGGGGUUUAAAUUUAAAAUUGGGGUCAAGGGGUGGCUUGAAGUCGUCCGAAACGUCUAGUGUAACAAUCAAAGAGAAUUAUAGUUUUAACUGAUGUCAAUCAUGAACGGAUAUCACUUGACAAUUUUCAUAUUCUUUGCAAAGAUUAUGAAAAACUGAGAUGAAUUUACAAGGAAAGACCAGAGAUAUACUUUGUCUUAGCCAUGUGAGAUUGCAUUGUUUACAUUUUUUAUCUGAUGUACAGUGAUAUUCUUUUUGUCCAUUCCAUUUUGUGAAUUUGGAAUGAAUGCAGUCCGUCCAAGUUUUUUACAUUGGUGCCAUCACAAAAUCAUUCCAUCCAUGUAUGACUGUUAGGGGAAUAAAACACGCUGCAUUUCUAAACCAAAACCACUGUAUAUAGAGAGAAGGGGGGGAGAGAUUUUUGUGCUAAUAAAUACUUUGUGCCUUUGAAUAUACGUAUGUGAAGAAUAGACUGUUGACUCUUUCAGGCCCAU